CAUGAAGAGCUCCUACCCCAUCUGGGAGGACUUCAACUCCAAGGCCACAAAGCUGCAUUCCCAGCUGAGGACCACUGUGCUGGCUGCUGUGGCCUUCUUGGAUGCCUUCCAGAAAGUGGCCGACAUGGCCACCAACACCCGAGGGGCCACGCGGGACAUCGGCUCGGCGCUCACGCGCAUGUGCAUGCGACACCGCAGCAUCGAGACCAAGCUGCGGCAGUUCACCAAUGCCCUGCUGGAGAGCCUCAUCAACCCGCUGCAGGAGCGCAUCGAGGACUGGAAGAAGUCGGUCAACCAGCUGGACAAGGACCACGCGAAAGAGUACAAACGAGCCCGACACGAGAUCAAGAAGAAGUCUUCGGACACGCUGAAGCUGCAGAAGAAAGCGCGCAAAGAGCUACUUGGGAAAGGAGACCUGCAGCCCCAGCUGGACAGCGCCCUGCAGGACGUCAAUGACAUGUACCUGCUGCUGGAGGAGACGGAGAAGCAGGCGGUGCGCCGAGCCCUGAUCGAGGAGCGCGGCCGCUUCUGCACUUUCAUCGCCUUCCUGCAGCCCGUGGUGAACGGCGAGCUGACCAUGCUGGGGGAGAUCACUCACCUGCAGGGCAUCAUCGACGACCUGGUGGUGCUGACCGCGGAGCCCCACAAGCUGCCCGCCGCCAGUGAGCAGGUGAUCAAAGAUCUGAAGGGCUCAGACUACAGCUGGUCCUACCAGACGCCACCCUCGUCACCCAGCAGCUCCAGCUCCCGAAAGUCCAGCAUGUGCAGCGCCCCCAGCAGCAGUAGCAGUGCCAAGGGUGGCGGAGCCCCGUGGCCUGGGGGCGCCCAAACAUACUCACCCGGUUCCACCUGUCGCUACCGCAGCCUGGCGCAGCCAGCCACCGCCACCACCCGCCUCUCCAGCGUCUCCUCCCACGAUUCCGGCUUCGUGUCCCAGGACGCCACCUACUCCAAGCCUCCCUCACCCAUGCCUUCAGACAUCACCAGCCAGAAGUCCUCCAGCUCUGCAUCCUCUGAGGCCUCGGAAACCUGCCAGUCCGUUAGCGAGUGCAGCUCCCCCACCUCGGACUGGGCCAAAGCUGGCCCCCACGAGCAGCCCUCUGGCACAACCCUGCAGCGGAGGAAGGACCGUGUGGAGCUCCUGCGAGACCCGGAGCCCGGCCCGGCUGGCGGGGGCACUCUGGGCCCCAGUGGGGAUGAGGCUCCGCGGCCACGCAUGUCCCCUGCCACGAUCGCAGCGAAGCAUGGUGAGGAGGUGUCCCCUGCGGCCAGCGACCUGGCCAUGGUUCUGACCCGCGGCCUGAGCCUGGAGCAUCAGAAGAGCAGUCGGGACUCGCUACAGUACUCGAGCGGCUACAGCACACAGACCACCACGCCCUCAUGCUCCGAGGACACCAUCCCCUCCCAAGGCUCCGACUACGACUGCUACUCCGUGAACGGGGACGCAGACGGCGAGGGCCCGCCCGAGUUCGACAAGUCGUCCACCAUCCCUCGCAACAGCAACAUCGCCCAGAACUACCGCCGCCUGAUCCAGACCAAGCGCCCGGCCUCCACUGCGGGGCUGCCCACCGCCGGGCUGCCCAGCGCCUCGGACGGCGAGGGCCCGCCCGAGUUCGACAAGUCGUCCACCAUCCCUCGCAACAGCAACAUCGCCCAGAACUACCGCCGCCUGAUCCAGACCAAGCGCCCGGCCUCCACUGCGGGGCUGCCCACCGCCGGGCUGCCCAGCGCCUCGGGCGAGACGCCCACCCCGCCCCCGGCCGCCACCAGCGACCCCCCAGCCGAAGAUAUGCUGGUGGCCAUCCGGCGCGGGGUGCGGCUCCGCAGGACCGUCACCAACGACAGGUCAGCGCCCCGCAUCUUGUGAUGGCGCCACCCUCUGGCCAAGUGUGAAGCAGGUGGCCUGGCUGUUGAGCAGCGGCCGCUCCUAGCGGAGGCGCAGCCAGGAGAAAGCAGAGCCAGGCAAGCUUUUUUUUUUUUUUUUCCCCAAAGCCGCACAAGGCAAAGCCACUUUAUGAAAAGACAUACCCAGCUUGGAUUUCGACGUUUAAACAGGAAAUGACUUCUCUAUCAAACCUCGCUGCGACAGAGCCUGCAGGCCUCGAACUGGAUUUGGAGCCCGUUUUAUACUCUCCUUGCCUACUCUACCCCUCCUCUUUCUUCCUGCAGGCCCUGCCUUUCCCACAGUGAGCCCCAGAGCCUGCUCCUCCGCCCCCAGCGGAGGGCCAUCCCACCCACCUCGCCCGGGCCCACAGUGCCACAGCUUAGCCAACCCGGCGGGGCUUCUCCCCAGGGUCAGCAGUGCCUCGGGCCUUUCCGCAAUGCUGGCCCCUCCGCCCCUGACUGAGCUCCCUCUCCGCUCUCCCUUCUCCGCCUCUCCCAGUCCAUCAGAGAGGCAGGGUGGCCGUGGAGGGGCCAGGUGCCCAAUCAGCUAAGGUCACGGAUUUGACUGAAAAGGUUUGCGGAGUGGCUGGCAGUUGUGGGGGCAGGUUGGGAGGUCUGUCCACCGUAGGGGACGGGGACCUAGGGCCCAAGUCGAGUCUCGGGGAGUAAAUACAGGGGGCCUGCCUGAAGGAGGCCAAGGGGCACUGAGGUAGCCUCCAUGUCCUGGCUUCCUCACCCCCGUGAGACAUGGCUGAGGUUGGGGGCAGCCAUGUCCUGGCUUCCCUGCCCCCAUGAGAUAUGGCUGAGGUUGGAGGACACAGUGGGCCAGCAAGGAAGGAGUCCAGAGGCCUCAGGGGUCAUGGAGCGGCCCUCCAGGAGCUGCUUUCAGAUGUCUGGUCCUCAUCUGGGCAGAUCAAAACUAAUUCUGGUGGCACUUUGCUCACGGUUUCAGCCACCUUUGGGGGUGGGGGCUGGAGCUGCAGAGGGUGUGGAGGGUUAUUUUAUGAAUAUAAUAAUAAAAUGGAGCUGACUGGACAAGGACUAUGUGGGGGGACAGGGUGGACGAUACAGGGUGUGUCCGAGAGUGCCUGAGGGACAGGGGGCCCCACAGUGGUCGGGUGGGCCUAUGGCAGGAGGAGGAGGGCCGAAUCGGCCCCCCAAAAUCCAGGGGGCAGCUGUUUUAUCCAGCGUCUGGAGCGAAGCCAAAUUAGAGUUGGAGAUGGCCAGGGGGCAGGGCCUUCAGCCCAUCUGAGGGUAGAGGGACCCCAGCCAGGCCAGGGGCAAGUCCAGGGAGAUGGGCUUUGACUCUCUGUUGUCAGAGGAGAUGCUGUCCCAAGACUCGGCCCUCACCCACACCCGCAGCUCCGCCCCCAUCUGGUGGUGGAGGCAGGGGCGGGCAGGCUAGGGGCACCUCUCCCUCCAUGCACCGAGUUGUGCCAAUUUUAAGCAGGUAAAAGUAGGUGUGCCUCCAGCAAGCAGAGGGCCUCCUGAGGUCCUGCAGGCAGCAGAGAGCUGGGCUUGACGGGUGGCAGGGCCAGGGACAGGAGCUUCCUGGGGUCAGGAGAACAAGCUUUGCCUGGUCUGGACUUGACAGGCUUGGUCUGAGUCUCCCAGCACCAGCUGGAGAUCCUGGUAAUUCUUGUGCCAGAAGCUGGAACCCUGGCAAUGCAGCCAGGCAAGGCUGGGGAACCAAGGAUGCCCCCUAGUGGAUGGAGCUCCCGGCUCCCCUAUAGCAAUGGAGAAUGGUACCUGUAAGUCACUAGGUCUGAGAACGACCUUGCAGAGUGCUGCGGCCAACCCCAGAGCCCAGGUUUGGGCACCUGGGGUGUGGGGGCGGGUCUGGGUGAGGGAGGGCCCGAAGGGGCCGAGAGCACGUAGCCAGUGUGGGCAGCCCUCGGGUGGGGCUCACACUGCCCCUCCCCCAGGGCUGCAUCAGCUUGGCCCAGGUGGGCCGAUGGAGUAGGGUGCAGUAAGUGCGGCGUGAGCAGGGUAAGGAGCGGAGGGGACUGGGUGCGGCUAGGUCCUUGAGUCCUGGAGAGGAAGAGCUUGCCUCCUGGGGAGGGGGUGGCUUCGGAGACCCAGGGAGGGGUGGGGGCAUAGCCAUCCCCCCUGCUCGUCCCCCUCCCCCUCCGAGCCCCCCCAGGGCUGUACAUAACUCCUCCACACCCCUUGACCACCUCUCAUCCCUUUAGCGACCACCUCGUAGGCCCGCGCCCCCGCCCCGGGAUCCGAGCCAACCAUCCCGCAUCACGGACUUUGGUUUGGGGGACUUCUUUACGUUCAUUUUAUUUUUCAUUUUGUACAGAGGAUUAUUCUUUUCAAAGUCUUUUGACUGAAGUAACUUUUCUGGUGCUGUUGUUAACUUGUUCCUUCUUUUAAUUUAUUUCCCCGCCCCAGGCCUCCCCUCCUGGUUCUCUCUCUUCCCUUCAUCCCCCUCCGUCCUCCCCCAUCCCAUCGGAACCAUUUGGGUUUUUUUCUUUCUGUCAGUUUUUGGAUAAAUUAUCCUCUUUGGUCCCCACCCCCAUCCACCCCACCCUGCCCUCGAUUUAAAUAGUCACUGCUACAAGUAACAAAUGCACUGUGAAGAUCCCAGUAUUAAUAAAGUUGUACUGUAAUUAACA